AAACGCAGGAUUUCACAAAAAGAUGUCAAGAUUAUGUGGAUUUUGAACCUCUUACCGAAAUCGAAGCAUGCUCGAGUUUGCAGUGAUCACUUGGUGAAAGUAAAGGAAAAAUGCAGAUCUUCGUGAAAACGUUGACCGGCAAAACCAUCACCCUCGAGGUAGAGCCCAGUGACACCAUUGAGAAUGUCAAAGCCAAGAUUCAAGACAAGGAAGGCAUCCCUCCUGACCAGCAGCGUCUGAUUUUCGCUGGCAAACAGUUGGAAGAUGGACGCACGCUGUCGGAUUAUAACAUUCAGAAAGAGUCCACCCUGCACCUGGUGCUGCGUUUGAGAGGAGGGAUCAUUGAGCCUUCCCUCAGGCAGCUGGCACAGAAAUACAACUGUGAGAAGAUGAUCUGCCGCAAAUGUUACGCCCGUCUUCAUCCUCGUGCCGUUAACUGCCGCAAGAAGAAGUGUGGACACACCAACAACCUGCGCCCCAAGAAGAAGCUGAAGUAAACUGUAGCAUGAGUGCGCUUGAAAGAUAUGAUUAACAAUAAAAUGUUAAAGAAA